AUGAAUGUUGAAAUUUCGAAGAGAAUAAGAGCAGGAUGGAAAACGUUUACUUCAAUACGUAAAGGAUGUGCUCAAGCAAAGCUGGACAAGACCAUCCGUACCAAACUCUUCAGUGGCAUCGUUCUGCCUACGUUCUUAUAUGUAAGUGAGAUGUGGGCUACUGCGAAGAGGGAAAUGUAUCGAUUUGGUAUAACGCAAAGGACCAUGGAAAGAUCCAUAUUACGGAUAACAUUGCAGGAGUAUAUCCGAAAUGAAAUAAUUCGAGAACGGGUCCGAGUGAAUGAUAUGAUCAUAGAAUACCAAAAUCGCAAGUUCUGGAGGAUCGGACGUGUUGCAAGAUUCACAGAAAGCAAGGGGACCAGUGCAAUUGCAAUUUACUGA